UUUUGUGUCGUUCAAAGUCACACAUGUCCUCUGAAAUCAAAGUGUACCGUAUGGCGGUCUGCUUGUACCCAGGCGUCACCAUGCUCGACUUUCAAGGACCUGUAGAUAUUCUAUGUUCAUUCGGACGCAAGCACAGGAAAUCAUUAGCUUCUCUAUUCACAACUCUUCCAGACGUAGCUAUCGAGGAGGAGUACCUCUCUCACAACACCGAGCCCGUCACGCCGUUCACAGGAGCCCAGAUAAUUCCAACUAUGACCUAUGAGCAAGGAUUGCAGACCGACUUUGGCAUUAUCUUGGUUCCUGGUGGCCCAAAAGAACCUAAAGAAAUCCCCCCUGCAAUUUUUGAAUUCUUGAAGAAGAAAUCUCCCGAGACGGAAUACGUUCUUUCGGUCUGUACUGGGUCGUGGGUUUUGGCAGCUGCAGGUGUACUCAACGGGAAGCGCGCUACCACCAACAAAGCGCUCUACAAGAUAGUCACGGAAGACACAAAAGAUCUCAAUAUCACUUGGGUACCCAAAGCUCGUUGGGUCGUCAACGACGACAAGCAUAUCUGGACGGCAUCUGGCGUCACCGCAGGUAUGGACCUUGCCUAUGCAUUCUUGGUACAUCUCGUGGGCGAGAAAUUUGCGGAUGAGAUGAAGGGAAUUGUGGAGUUCAGAACCGUGAAAGACUCCGAAGAGGACGAGUUCGCGACGUACCACGGGCUAGUUUAGUUAUGAACACGAAGCACUCCCAAAUUCUAUGUAUAGAGUUUGCGCAUGGGCUCGAUCGAUACUCUGUCUCAUCCUAUGAUCA